UCCCUACAUUUUUUAUUUGUUUUUUUUUUUUAAUUUUUUCACGAGCGAAGACUCGGCGCAGAGCAAGAAGAAAAAAAAAAGUAUGCACUUGGAUCAUCAUUGAGUAGUUUCGUCGAGGAGAAGUUUUUCGUGCUGUUGAGGAGAGAGAGGGAGUCAAUUGAGAGAGAGAGAAAGUCUUCCCGGCGCGGUGUAAUAAUGGCGGAGGAGGAGAGCGUGAAGUUGUUCGUAGGUCAAGUGCCGAAGCACAUGACGGAAUCGCAGCUGCUCGCAAUGUUCCAGGAGUUCGCCUUGGUAGACGAAGUCAACAUUAUUAAGGACAAGGCCACGCGCGCUUCUCGAGGAUGUUGUUUUGUGAUAUGUCCGUCGAGAGAGGAAGCGGACAAGGCGAUUAGCGAGUGCCAUAAUAAGAAGACGCUUCCUGGGGCAUCUAGUCCAUUGCAAGUGAAGUACGCUGAUGGAGAGUUGGAAAGGCUAGAGCAUAAACUCUUUAUCGGCAUGCUUCCGAAAAAUGUUUCUGAUACUGAAGUCUCUGCACUAUUUUCAAAUUAUGGGACCAUAAAAGACUUGCAACUUCUUAGAGGUUAUCAGCAAACCAGCAAAGGUUGUGCUUUUCUAAAGUUUGAGACAAAAGAGCAAGCGCUCGCAGCUAUUGAGGCCCUCAAUGGAAAGCAUAAGAUUGAGGUGUGGGCCAAUUUGGCCGUUACUCUCUGCACUAACGUGCUUGCUUAGUGCGUGAAAGUUAUCCAUUAAACUACUCUAUGUGUUUCUUCUCUUAUCUUUAAGGUUGCACAUCUAUUUCAACAGGCCUUUUUCUAUAGACAUUUGAGUACUGCAGGAUCUUAGUUGUAUGCAUGUUCUUCUUGCUUUCAGCUCCUGUCACAUGUGUUUGUCUAUUAGAUUAUGUUACUCAGUGGAAAUCUAAACUUACACUUGAGGCAAUGCCAUUUAUACUUCCAAAGAAAACAUAUAUGAA